UCCCUUGUCACCCUGGGGCAUGUUUGCAGUGAUUUAGGUGCACGUCCAGAACAGGAACCCAAAAAAGAGCCUGGCAGUCACCAAAGCAACCUCCCACCCGCUGCACAACCUCCCACACUUGUGCAAUUCUGUACAAGUGACAGAAUUUGACAGCAAACUCUUAAUUUUUAAGGCUGCUUCUCCUCCUAGGUGCACUGCUGGCACUGGGCAGCCGCUGCUUUCUGUGCACGCCCAACUAGAAGUGACACACUUUUGGGGACUCUGAUGAAGCUGUGCCCACAGAACCUCUUUUAGCUCACAGCACUUAGGACUGCACGUGGCAUCGUCAGCUACUUCCUGCAGCUCUGUCAGAGCAGCCUCCGAGCACGGCACGAGCUGGAGCACUCCAACCUCUCCUCUGCAAAAACCAGGGGAAAAAAAGGAAAGAAAAAAGGAAAUAUCAGCUGGAAAUAGAAUAAUGGAACGCUGUCUACAUGAAAAUUGUAACUCCACUUGCCCAGAAAUUCCUUAUCAAGAGAGUCAGACACUUCUGGUUGUUUUUUACAGCAUCGUUUUUACUAUAGGCCUUCCAGCAAAUUGCUUAACUUCUGUGCUUACGUUUGUACAAAUCCGAAGGAAAAAAGUAGUUGCCAUCUACAUUUUCAGUUUAUCAUUGUGUGAUCUGAUGUAUUUAAGUACCUUGCCUUUGUGGAUUAUCUAUGUGCAAAAUGGGCACAAUUGGACCAUGGGUGACACUGCUUGCAGGAUAACAGGAUUCAUCUUUUUCUGCAAUAUCUACAUCAGCAUUCUGCUUUUGUGCUGCAUCUCUGUGGAUCGUUACAUGGCACUGGUGUAUCCUCUGCAAUCAAGGGGGAGAAGACAACAGAAAAUAGCCACCAUUAUAGUCUGUCUUCUCUUUGCUGUGGUUGCAGGAAUCCACACUCCAGUAUUUUUUAUGGAAGAUAAGAAAAACUGUACAGAGGUGAAAACCUGCUUUGAGACAGUGCCCCUUGACAUAUUAUUGGCUUAUUUCAGUUUUGCUAGAUUCCUGUUUGGAUUUGUCGUACCCUUCCUAAUCCUGUGUUUUACAAACUGCAAAAUUUUCCAAGCUAUAAAAAGAAGCAGCAGCUUGACUUGUCGUGAGAAAGCCAAAGUGAAGCAUGUGGCUAUUGCCGUUAUUGUUAUUUUCUUGAUGUGCUUUGCUCCAUACCAUGUGGUUCUCUUAAUAAGAGCCAUAUACUUUCUGGUUCAUCAGGACUGCCCAUGUCCAUUUGAAAAUAAGAUAUAUUCAGUUUUUACAGUGUUUCUGUGUUUAGGCACUGCAAACAGUGUUGCUGAUCCAAUCAUCUACGUUCUGGUCAGUGAAAACGUCAGAAAAGACUGUUAUAGGUGCCUGAGAAGAUGGAGAGGGAGACAGAACUCAUCCAAGCUAAAUUCAUCCACUGAUCACAAUACUGACAACAUAAAAUUGGAAAUGCUGAAAGAAUCAGAGGAAGGGGGCCAAAGAAAAAAAAACAAAGAAAUAACAGAUUCAUCUGACAUUCAGAAGGCCUGUACCAGUGGCAGAGAUCAGGAAAGUGGCAGCUAGCUGGUAGCUGCUGGAACAAAUAUGAAGUUCCCAAUGCCAGCUGCAGGACAGGAGUUUUUACAUGCUGACAUCAUCUUGCACAUCCUGCAUGGGCCAUUAACUCCUUGAGGUCACUAUGGGAGCAGUAAUUCACAUUUCUGUUUGUCUCCUACAAUUAACUUUGCCCAGCAGUACCACUGAUGAAAAUACUGCUUUGCUAAGGAUACGUGAAAUAAAUGAAGUAAUUUACUUUGACUCAAUUUGGGAUCUUAAACUUUUUUUUUUUGUUUUGGACUGACUCUUUCUCUCAUAUGAAAUAAAACCAGUUUUAUCUUCUGAGCAAAAUUUUAAAAAAGCACUGCAGAGGAGAACAAUAUACUGUUCUUAAUGUUGAAUUUUUUGCUUCUUGAGGAGGUACAUGUUCCAGUUCUCAUACAUGUGCUCUGCUGUUAACGUUUGUGGUUAACCAGUGGAAAAUAUUAAAAAUGAGUAAACGUCUUCCUCGUAGUCUAGUAUGUAACUUCAGAUACAUCACAUAUUCCAGGAGAAUUAGAUGGCAGAAAAAAUGCCUGAUAACACAGACCAACAGUAUUGCUGCUGCAUUAGUCAAGAUCCCGCACUGCCCUGAAAUUCUUCAAAUUACAAUUUUAAUGCUUGAUAGUUUACAAUGAGUAAAUGUUAUUUGUUUUGCAUAGACCUAGAAUGUACUGAAAUAUACAGAAAAUGUAUAUAU